AUGGAACGAUACAGAGAACUAGGAACAACAAUAUUGUACUUUAAUACCUAUUUUAUGAACGAAUUAGUGAUGGAUGAAACAGAACUUGAGAUUUCUAGACUUAAGGAGUUCACUUUAAUGCUUGAAAUGUUCAUUGGAAAUUUGGAUAUCAAAGCAAACUUAAGUGAUGUUGGACUGGUUUUCUUCCUGAUAGUUGAUGUUGACAAGUAUUAUCUGUUGUGUUUCGACUUAAAGAGGGGAAGAUAUUUGAUUAUUGAUCAUGUGAAACAUAUCGGUACAGUUGAAAGUCGAUAUGGAAAAAUACCAAGAACACUUCAACGGUUCUUUUGCAACUACUUGAUGACACAAAACCAUCGAAUGCAUGUUGAAUUGUACUCAAAGGAAGCAAAAAUCAUGAGAGUGGUUUGGGAAGUCCGUGAUAUUGGUCCUGACUGUGGUCUAUAUUUGAUGAGGCACAUGGAGUGCUAUAAGGGAGAUCUAGAAGGGAAGUGGGAAACAGGAUUUAAAGGAAUUAAAGAUAGUGAUGUUGCGGUAUUAUCAAGACUGAGGUACAAAUAUAUGUAUAGACUGAUGACCUCGGAUCACAACUUGCAGAAAGACAUGUUGUUGGAAGAAGCUGAUAAGUUUUCAAAGCUAGAUAUAUUGCAGAAAAGUAUGUUGUUUGAUGAAGCGAUGGAGUUGGCAAAGAAUAAAAGAAAGAAGUAUAAAAAAAGCAAGGAAAGGGAAAAAGUGGCUGAAACGGGUAUAGUUGUAUAA